CGCGUCCCAGGAGGGGCGGAGGCAGCGAGCGCCACGGGAGCGCGAGGCGCGAGAGCGCGGGCUGGAGGCUAGUCGCGCGCCCGGAACCGCCGCCGCUGCCGGAUUGACUUUUCUGUACUUUUUUGGAUGUUUGUGUCCCCGUUCGAGCCUCGGCUGCAGAUUAAUUUUAGAAAAUGCCAAGCAGGAAAUUUGCUGAUGGUGAGGUAGUAAGAGGACGUUGGCCUGGGAGUUCACUUUAUUAUGAAGUGGAAGUACUUAGCCAAGAUAGCAAAUCCCAUCUUUAUACUGUGAAAUACAAAGAUGGAACUGAACUUGAAUUGAAAGAGAGUGAUAUAAAGCCUUUAACAUCAUUCAGGCAAAGGAAAAGUGGCUCUUCUUCUAGUUCUCCUUCUAGACGCCGGGGAAGUCGAUCUCGUUCUCGAUCUCGCUCCCCUGGCCGUCCCCCAAAAAGCAUACGUCGUUCUGCUUCCCAGCAUGCAGAGACUAAAGAGAAGAAAGAAAUUGUGGAAAUCAACUUGUCUCCAUUGAAACAAAGUGGAAACAGCAUUAGCAGAUACAAUGGUGAACCUGACCGGAUAGAAAGGAAUGACAUAUCUCACAGAAACAUUCAGGACAAACCUUAUUUGUCACAAGAAAGCAGCUAUUUGGCUACACAGUAUAGCCUUCGCCCAAGAAAAGAAGAGAUCAGAUUUGAAGAAGUAAUUUCUCAAGAAGAGAGAAAUGUUGUAAAAGGACCAAAAUCAGUAAGAACUUUUGAAAUAACAGCUACAGAACCAGAAGACUUAGAGUUUGGAGGAGGGUUUGGAGCUUUUUCCAUUAUGAUUGGUCUGCCGGUUAUACUCUUUAUGUUGUUGUUGAUGUGUAGAGAAAAAGAUCCCAGUCUUGUGAAUCUUCCUCCUCCUUUGCCACCUUUGGCUAAUUUUUGGGAAACCAGAGUGUUUGGAGUCUAUCUGCUUUGGUUUUUUCUCCAAGCCCUCUUCCACCUCCUGCCAAUUGGAAAGGUAGUAGAAGGAACACCUCUUUAUGAUGGAAGAAGAUUAAAAUAUAGAUUAAACGGAUUCUAUGCUUUUAUUCUGACAUCUGUAGUCACUGGAAUAUCUCUGUACUGGGGGAUGGAGCUCUAUUAUGUGUAUGAUCAUUUCCUUCAGUUUGCAGUUGCAGCUACAGUUUUUUCUGUAGCCUUGAGCAUUUAUCUCUAUGUCCGGUCCUUGAAAGCAUCCAAAGAAGAGCUAUCUCCAGGAAAAUCAGGAAAUAUUGUCUAUGAUUUCUUUAUUGGCCGUGAAUUAAAUCCACGAAUUGGACAUUUUGACCUCAAAUAUUUCUGUGAAUUGCGUCCAGGAUUGAUUGGUUGGGUUGUUAUUAAUUUAAUAAUGCUUUUGGCAGAGAUGAAAGUCCAACAGCGUGAAACCCCAUCUUUAGCAAUGAUAUUGGUUAACAGUUUCCAGCUUUUAUAUGUGGUGGAUGCUCUUUGGAAUGAGGAAGCUUUGUUGACAACUAUGGAUAUUAUACAUGAUGGAUUUGGGUUCAUGUUAGCAUUUGGAGAUUUGGUGUGGGUGCCGUUUAUCUAUAGUCUACAAGCCUUUUAUUUAGUCAGUCAUCCUAACGAAGUUUCUUGGCUUUUUGCAUCCAUUAUUAUUGCUUUAAAAGUUUCAGGAUAUACAGUAUUCCGUUGUGCAAACUCUCAGAAAAAUGCAUUUCGGAAAAAUCCCAAUGAUCCUAAUUUGGCACAUCUGAAAAUUAUUCAUACUUCAAGUGGAAAGAAUCUUCUAGUGUCUGGUUGGUGGGGUUUUGUUCGACAUCCCAACUACUUGGGUGAUCUCAUUAUGGCUCUGUCUUGGUCUCUACCAUGUGGUUUUAAUCAUAUCUUACCAUAUAUUUACGUGAUUUAUUUCACCAUCUUGCUUAUCCACCGAGAAGCUCGCGAUGAACACCAGUGUAAGAAGAAAUAUGGUUUGGCAUGGGAAAAGUACUGUCAACGUGUGCCAUAUCGUAUAUUUCCAUACAUUUACUAAUAAGCUCUUUUGUUUUAGACUUUUAAAUGCUUCUGCAGUUCUAGCUUCCUUGCAAACAAAAUAUACCUCUUUUCUUCCCAUUGGGUCUGUAGGUAUUUUGUUUUUUGUUUGUUUUGUUUUCUAAAGAAAUGCAUUAUAGAACAGAUAGUCAUAAAUAUGUAAGAAAUAAGUUUGUCUAGUCAAGUUAGGUUUGUUCACCAUUUAGUCACUGAAAUUAGCCAGAAUUUUCACAUAAUUUGUUUUAAUAAACUUAAGGGCAAAUAAAAUCAGAGUACAGAUAUUUGAAUUAGCUUUUUAAUGGAAAUUUUCCCGUUCCUAAGAUAUGAAAAGCGGACAGUCUUAUGGCGAAUGCACCAAACAGAAAUGAAACAUUUGAUUUCUGGACUAGGUUCCUAGCUUUUCAGAUUUACAUUUCUGGUUUGAACAGUUGAUCUCAUUUUUAAAAAAUAGAAAUGAUUGUGUUUGACUCAGUUUCAGAGUGUGUUUAACAGCUAGUUACAUUUUUGUUGCAUCAGUUAGGAUAGGAUUUUCGUUAAUUUCAGCUUAAGUGUAUUUACUAGUUCCUUGAGUUAAAAUUAAAACCUAUUCUGUGUUCAGUGCUGGAUACCAAGGUAUGAGGAAAUCGUGAUUUAGUAGCAGGCCCUACAGAAAAGAAGAAAAAGUAAUAGCUUGCUUACUUACAAUUCUAAAAUUACUUAAAAAUGUAAAUACAUAGCUUUCUUUAUGUAUAAUAUGGUGACUUCAUGUUUUUUCCUGUACAGUAUUUUGAAUGUGAGGUGCAGUUGCUUAUUUAGGACCAGGAAUAUCUUUUAACAAAAAAAAAAUUUUCAGUAUUUUUUAAUUAUACUUUUAUAAAGUAAUGUAUUGAUAUGAAAUUAAAGUUUUAUAAACAAUCUGGGUUCAUUUAAAUAUUGCAUUGGAAAAUGCUAUGAAAAUAUAGGGAUCAUAAUUUUAAUCCAAAGUUUGUUGAAUUUGGCUUUGCUACCUCAAUUAUAGGUUCUCAGUUGCCUUUUAUACUAUUACAAAUAAGUAAAAAUAGCUUGGAUAUAUAUAUUUAUAUAUUUUUGGAAUAACAUCACUAUUUAAACAUUUUUUACAUGAACCUGUGGUUGAAAACUUGCCAUUUCGGACUAAUAUUUUUGUAUAUUUUUGACUUUUGUAAUUAAACACUGUAUUUGCUACUGUUAAUUUUUGUGGUUUAUACUGUAUUUUGUGUAUACAAUAGCUACAAAUUCUACUUCAUUGCUGUGAUUUUGUUUUUAAAAUUGUUAUUUUUCACCUUUGGGAAUCUCAUCUGCAGAUGAAUUUAGCAUGUUCAAAAUGUAUUUCUUCUUUGAUUUUAUUAGAAGUGUGUUUUUAUGAAACAUAAAAUCUGCCUUGAAAUUUACUUAAAUUUAUAGGGGUCCAUUAUUAGCUGUCAAUGGUGAAAUGGUAGCAAAGUCAUAAAAUGUGAAAGGAUUUCUGUUAAAAUAAGAGUUUUAUGUUAAAAGUUAAAUAGUUCCCAGUGUCUUAAAUAUAUGGCAAUGUAACAAAAAUCUAGUGUGUAUGUUGAUGUUUUAAAUUUUACAUUUUGUAUAUGAGCCAUUUGGAUUUGUAGUGUCUUGUACACUGCAAUUUGAAGUAUAUGUAGCAUAGCUUGUUUUAAUAUGAUCAUGAUUUUUUUUUUCCUUUAGCAUAUUGCAACUUGCAGCUUUUGAAUAUUUCUUUUGGGAAAAAAUGUCAGAUGUCACUUCAAAAUAUUUGUAUGGUCACUGAUGUAUGCAAGUAGUUUCUUUUUAUUACAGAUACUUUCCUUUCAGUAUUAAAAAUAGCGUGGUCUAUAAUAUAGACCAUAUAGUCUAUAUUAUAUUCAUUAAAUGAGCUUGGGGUGGGGGGAGGGAUAAAUAAGCUAUUAAAUUAAUCUUCCUGGUGGUGAAAACAACCUAACUUUCUUACACAGUGACAUGAUUUCUGAGUGACGUUAACUUUAUCUUGUCUUUCUUUUUUUUCAUUUUUUGACACAAAUUUGAUAAGUAGAGGUUUUUAUAAUAAAAUUCAUGUUGAAGUAAAAUUCAAAGUAACAUUGUAUUAACUUGAUCACUUCUCAUAUAUCUAGAAUGUAGUUCUUUAGUUAGAAGGCACUUUAAGAGAUUAUUUUAUUCCAUCCAGAUAAGGAAACAAGACCAGAAAAUCAAGUAUAAUAUAAUGGUGAUUUCCAUGAGUCAUGGAAUGCUUUGGGAAAGGAAGUGGACCAAACUUUGGACCUACUGUUGUACAAAUCUUUUGGAAUAGUAUGUUUUUCUCAAGUCUAGGGUCUAAGGGUUUUGGUAUUUCUCUUUGUACAGUGUGCUAUGUAACUAAGUGCACAAUAUGCUUUUUGUUGAAUGUCUUUUCAGGAAGUACACUGUCUUAGGUAUAACAGUACCACUGGACUUUUAAUUUUGCUACUGGUUGUUUUGAAGUUUAGAUGGACAUUUGACAAAAGCUUGUUUUCAGCCUUUACUAUCUCCUGACUGGGAGAAGGCACUGCACCUUCUUUCUUUCUCAUAUAUGAAAUGUGGAGGGUUUUAUCACUUUCCAUUUAAAGAAAUGUGAGGAUUGUAGUGUUUGUUUUAAAUAUUGCAGUUUGGUAUUUGUGGAGUGACUUGUUGCAAAAAAGUUUAAAAUAUAAAUUAUUCAUG